AUGCUCGACGUUCUGAGGCAGUUAGUUUUAAACUGCGACUUGAAGCGGCCACAUCGUCGGAUCAAGCAACCUAUAACCACUUUCCUUGUCUCGUUCAUUUACUUAGCUCCCAAACCGAGGCUCCAGAUUAGGAUUGUGAUAGCGAACAUGCUACGGCUGUGGGCCUGCCUACUCCUCCUGGGAUCAAUCCAGAUACAGGCGGUUCCAUUCUACGGCGAUUCAAGUUCUGAUGAGGUUGCCGAAUUCGACGACUCUUCGGGUUCCUCACACGAGUCCUCAGAUAAGUCCAGCUUUAUGCCACAUCUAACCCACCCAUUGCCGGCGCAUCGCAACCUGUUCGCGCCCCUGCCCUUCGCACCACUUGCACCACUCGAGCCACACGAUCCACUGCAUGCCCAGGCUUCGCAGCGGAUGGCGAGCGUCUGGAGCGGCCCUGCCCCGCUGGCUCCGCAGCUCCACUCAUCUCACCUGUUGCCCCUAUUCAGCAGCGGCUUCGACACCGAGUUCGUGCCCCUGGAGCACCAGCACCAGCAGCAGCCGCAGCCGCAGGGACGCCAGGAGACGGCGGCCACCGUUCCCGCUCAAACUCCCGGCGGCGUGGAGCAGAAGCCCUUCAAUGUGGACACCAUCACCACGGAUGUGAAUGCACCGAAUCCAGCCAUAUUCUUCCAGCAGUCGUUCCCCUUCUUUGGCAAUGAGUUCUUCAACUCGUUCGGAGGCUUCGGCUUUGGAGCUGCCCAGGAGCCCUGGUGGAAGGGACCCAAUGUGUGCACCGAAAAGGAGGAAGACGAGACCGUGGCCACCGAAACGGAGGGUGAAGAAACCGUGGACACCUUUGGCCAGGAACGUGAUGGCGUUACCAACGUGGUGCGAUCCCCACUCUUUGGCCAGUUCCAAUUCAGCGUGAACUCCUGCGCGGAGAAGCCCAACAAGCACGUCUGCACCAAGAUCGUGAAUCAAAAUGGCAAGAAGAAAACGCUGACGCUGACCCGCCAGUGCUGCCAUGGAUAUGGACGCCCCAGAAACGCCGACUUCACGACGCCCUGCGAGAAGAUCGACAUCAAGGACGUGGAGGCCACGGCCAGUGACAUGGGUGCCAAGGAGUUCCUGGAGAGCGCUCGCACUGCCGGCGAACUGGCCGAUAUGCUCGGCGCCGGCAGUGGCAAGAAGGUGACCCUCUUCGUGCCCAACGACGCCGCCUUCAUGGAGUACCGUGGUCACCAUCAGCAAGAGAAUAAUGUUGAAGAUGCCAAGGCCGAGGCUUCCAAGCCAUCCAUCUACAAACUGCACGCUGUGCUCGGCGAAGUUCAGCUGGAGGACGUGCCCAAUGAGAAGCUUCUGCAGACGGAGCUGCCUGACCAGAAGAUCCGCAUCAACAGCUACCAGCUGCCUGCGGCUUUGGGCUUGGAACCCUACCGCUUUGCCGCCAACUGUGUGCCCAUCGAGAAGCACGACAAGCUCUCGGAGCAGGCCCUCGUCCACACUCUGGGUGGAGUGCUGAAGCCGCUGACCAAGAACCUGAUGGACAUCAUCAGGGAGCGUGCGGAUAUGUCCAUUAUGCGCACUGUUCUGGAGAAGACCAACCUGAGCGCCAUGCUGGAGGAUGACAAGCCGGUGACCAUCUUUGUGCCCACCGAUGCCGCCUUCGACAAGUUGGAACCCCAUCUGCGUCGUGCCCUCAAGGAGGGUCGUGGUUGUGCCUCAAACAUCCUGAAGAACCACUUGCUGGACCUCACCUUCUGCUCGCUGGCCACUGUUCCGGGCGCCAAGACGACUGCCUACAAUCUGCUGGGAGAACCCCUGCUCCUCAACCGCACUAACCGCGCGGCGAAUCAGACUGGGCCGACUCCCAUCUACAUCAACAACCUGGCCAAAAUAAUUGAGGCCGAUAUCAUGGGCACCAAUGGUGUCCUGCACGUGAUCGACACCAUCCUGCCCACCGAGUCAGCUCUGCCCAUGACCACGCUGAUGUCGCAAAAGAACCUGACCAUCUUCCAGCGACUGCUGGAGGCCUCUGGCUACGAUGAUCAGUUCGACGAUCUGGACAACGUGACCAUCUUUGCACCCACUGACAAGGCUCUGCAGAAUACGGAAUGGGCUCGCAUGCUCAAGGAAAAGCCGGAGCUGCUGGAUCAUAACUUGGAUCUGCUAGAGUUCCUCAACUACCAUGUCGUCAAGCCCAUGAUCAAAACUUGUGACCUGUCGGAGAAGUCCCUGCCCACGGUUGCUGGAUCCAGUGUGCGUCUGAAUCUCUACUCCACACAUGCCCUCUUCUCGGACGUGAUGAACCGGGCAACGGUCAACUGCGCCCGUCUGGUGCACUUCGAUGACGAGAGCUGCGGAUCCGUCCUCCACCAGGUGGAUCGUGCUUUGGCGCCACCCAAGAAUAACAUGCUUAAGCUGCUGGAGGCUAAUCCCAACUACAGCAAGUUCCUGGAGCUGGUUCGCAAGGCUAAUCUCACCCAGCUGCUGUCCAACGAUUCGAGGAGUCUCACCCUGCUGGUGCCCAAGAACGAUGUCUUCGAGGAGCUGAACGAGUCCGGCGAGGGCUUCAAGCCCGCCGAUCCCAUGUCCCUGGUCAAGACCCAUAUCGUUGAGGAUGUUGUCUGUUGUGCCGGCAUUAUUCCAACCAACUGGCCAUUUGUCCGCUCCAUUGAGUCCAUCUCUGGCCAGCAUCUGCGCAUCACCCGCGAUCGCCGUCCCAAGAUCGAGAACGCCGGCGUCACCAAGUGCGAUGUGGUGGCCACCAAUGGAAUUCUCCACGAGAUCAACGACAUCAUCGUGCCACGCCCACAGCGCCAGCAGCAGCGACCCCAGCUGAUCCCGCCCGGAGCUGGCUAUCAGCCACAGGGCGACUUCGAUGUCUUCUUCUGAGCGUUGCUCGCACCCAUCUCAUGCAUAUUGAUAUAUAAAGCAGAUAUUUAUAUUUACUCUUACGAUUUGUCAAUUGAUUGGAAGCCACAAAAAGCUCGGAAUCUUCGCUGAUAAAUAAAAUAAAUAGUCUUUAAACAAA